CGUCCGCUAGCCAUUGACUACAAAAAUAAAAGUCCACCAGCGGCCAUUAAAUAACCACCUCAGAGUUUGGUUUCGGCAAUCAAAUGAAUGAGAUGCAUUCACUAAAGUUGAUAAUUCUGCUGAAUUUGGUCAUUUUAUGUACUCAAAUCCAAGGGAGAAAGGCAUGUUAUGAAGAAGAGAGGAAAGGGUUGCUAGAAUUGAAGUUAAAACUAGUUAAUGGUCCAGAGCAUGCUCUGCUUCCUUCAUGGGUUGAUGACCCAAACAAUGAUUGCUGUGGUUGGGAGAGAGUUACCUGCAACUCCACCACCGGACGUGUUGUUCUACUCUCACUCUUUAAUAUGCCAGAUUAUCAUGUUCUAAAUACUUUUUUUCAGUGUUUUGAUGCUGCAGAUUCUUCAUCAUAUUUGAACAUCACCUUAUUCGAGUCUUUUAAAGACUUAAAAGCUCUCAAUUUGUCCUACAAUUGUAUGAAAUGGGUAGAGAACCAAGGUUUGUUGAGGCUAGAACAGCUGGAGACGUUGGAUCUUUCUUUUAACAGAUUAACAAGUGUGGAUAUUAUGAGGUUUCUGUGCUCACUUCCGUCACUAAAGUCUCUUGACCUUUCCUUCAAUGGAAUGAGAGGCACUUUGUCGAAUAAAGAUUUGAUAGCUUGUGGAAGAUUGGAGGAAUUAGAUUUAAGCCAUAAUCAAUUGGAAGGGAGUAUUCCUCAGAAUUUUGGGAAGCUAUCCUCUCUUAAAGAGCUAUAUUUGGCAUAUAAUCAAUUCAACAGCACUUUGCCGAUCCCAGGCUUGUGUAAAUUGAGGAGACUUCAAGUGUUAGAUAUUCACGAUAAUAGUUUUGAAGGAGCCCUUCCUCCUUGUAUAAGCAACUUCACAUCUCUUGCGGUUUUUGAUCUGCAUGAUAACCUAUUCAGCGGCACCUUUACUCCAAAUUUAAUAAGAAGCCACAAGUUUCUUCAGUUCAUCGACAUUAGCAAUAACUAUUUUGAAGGUUCGUUCUCUCUUGGCUUGAUAUUCAAUCACUCGAAGCUUGAGGUAGUCGUACUCGAGAGCCGAGAAGACAAACUACAGAUUGAUAAUGAUGACCGAGCCGGCGUUCCUUUGUUUCAACUAAAGGCAUUGCGAAUUUCUCAUUGUAACAUGAAGAAUACUCCUCGGUUUUUGCUAAACCAGCAUCGCCUAACUAGGGUUGAUAUCUCACACAAUAAGUUGACCGGAGCCUUCCCUUCUUGGUUGCUUGAAAACAACACUGAUCUAACGUUUCUCAACCUUAGGAAUAAUUCCUUUUCUGGGGAACUUGAUCUUCCUACGCAGUAUCCCAGGAGUAGUAUGGGUCAUUUGGAUGUAUCAUACAAUCAUAUGGAAGGGCAUCUUCCAAAGGAUCUUGGACUGAUACUUCCAAAUUUACAUUGCCUUAAUUUAUCCUAUAACUUCAUCGAAGGCGAGCUCCCGUCCUCAAUCGGUGCCAUGAGGAAGUUGUUGUUGUUGGUUUUAUCAUUCAAUAAUUUAUCAGGGGAAGUUCCGAAAGAAUUGGCGGAAAAUUGCAGUCUCUUACUUGGUUUGAUGUUAAACGAUAACAAUUUUCAUGGUGCAUUUUUUUCCAAUCACUUCAACUUGAGGAACAUUCAAGUAUUGAAACUGGGGAACAAUGAGUUCACUGGAAGUCUGAUAACCAAAAAGGAAUUCUAUGGUCGCAUGGAAAUUUUCGAUGUUAGCAACAACAACAUGGAUGGUAAGAUCCCUAAUGCAAUAGCUGCUGAGGUUAUUUUACUGCAGAACAAUUCUUUUGAAGGCCAAAUUCCAUGUGGAGGAUUUUCUGGUGCAGAUGUCAUUGACAUUUCUCAUAACUUUCUUUCGGGACCGAUACCUUCUUGUUUAUCACCUGAGGCUCUGUCGAGUGUAUCGUUGUUGAACCUACGAGAUAAUAGAUUGUCUGGAAACAUUCCUGCCCAAAUUGGAAUGCUUCCUUGCCUAAGAAUUCUUUUGUUAGGAAAUAAUCGUUUCAAUGGCUCGAUUCCAGAACAGUUGUGUCAAUUAAGAAACAUAAGCAUAAUGGAUCUAUCGAACAACUCCUUUACGGGGUCAAUACCAAGUUGCUUGAUUAAUGUGGCCUUUGGAACUUAUCCCCAUGAUUUCUUCGUACAAUCAACGUUUUCUUAUUGGUUUAGCCAGGAAGAAUUUGUUCCCUAUAUUGCAGACUUUAAUCAAGAUAUCUAUGAUGCUAGCAGUUUCUGGAAUAGUGUUCAGUUAGAAGAUGAGUAUGUGUAUAAGAUAGACUUUGUCACUAAAAAUAAUCUCCUUUCUUACAAAGGAGACAUUCUCAAAUGCAUGUCUGGAUUAGAUUUGUCAUGUAACAAUCUGACAGGCCUCAUCCCUCAGAGUCUUGGGAAGCUGACAUCCCUUCAUGCACUAAACUUGUCCCACAAUCAUCUGACAGGGAUUAUCCCCGUUUCAUUGUCGAAUCUAUCUCAAGUUGAGAGUCUGGAUUUUUCUUACAACAAUUUAAGUGGAAAAAUCCCGUCAGAGUUGGUCCAUCUUAAUUUUUUGGCAGUCUUCAGUGUUGCACACAACAAUUUAUCAGGAAGAGUUCCAGACAAAGGACAAUUCGCAACAUUCGGCUUCAACAGCUAUGAAGGAAAUCCGUUGCUUUCUGGGCUACCAUCAGAGAAAAACGGCACCGGAGUCGUGGAGACGCCGUUUCCAUUGGAUGAAACUGAAGGAAAAUGGUAUGCAGUUGAUCCUACUUCUUUCUUUGCAAGUUUUGUUGCAACAUAUUGUGUCUUCUUGUUGACUUUGGCGGCAGUUCUCUACAUCAACACUUACUGGCGAAGGAGGUGGUCUCAUUUCAUUGAGAAAUUUAUUUACAGCUUCUGUUUCUUUGUUGUUGAUCCUCUUCGCAAGUUGACUACCAAUUUCAAGCAUCAUUUUUUCAGAUGAUGGACAAGUAUGAAG